AUGAGCGGGCCGCCUGAUGAUUCGGGCCCCGUGGGAGCUAAAUCGAGUCAAGAAAUUAUCGACGAACUUAACGCAACUUUAGACGCGGCACUUUCGAAUCAUGGGCGGAUCAAUUACGAGAUUGCUCUUUCCGAGGCUGAGGAAAAAUUCGUGCGGGAAUUCGAGGCCGAUACUUGUCAUGAAGCGGUGCUAAGUGACUUUGAGUUUGGUGGGAUACUGGGUCAGGGGUCCUUCGGAGCAGUUUAUUUAUCUCGGUUCAAAGAUGGAACGAUAUUUGCGCUGAAGCAGCAAGGUUUUACGGAGAACGCUGUCAGUGAGAGAAAGUUUUCGUUCGCUCUGAACUCGCCCUUCAUUGUCAAAGCGCUGUAUGCCUUUCAGCACGAAAACUUGUAUUACAUUGCCUUCGAAUGCGCGAUGUGGUCGAGUCUGUACAAGCAGUGCGAAGUCAUACGCGCGUCGAGGUCCGAAGAGCUUCUGAAGCUCAUAGCCGCUCAAAUAGUUUUAGCGCUGGAGUAUCUGCACCACUGUCGCGUUGUACAUUCGGAUUUGAAGCGUAGCAAUGUUGUGAUCUUUGAGGAUGGUUACAUCAAGCUAUGCGAUUUCGGUUUAGCCAGGCGACAAGAAGUUGGAGAGGUGGCCUUCAGACUGAUGGGGAAGCGGGGAAUGCUCGCCCCGGAGAUAAAGAAAGCUCUACUGACUUCGGCACUGUCCAAAGAUUGGUGGGAUCUAGGAACAAUGAUCAAGGACUUGUUGCCCAGAGACGAUUCCGGUGUGCGGCAGGACUCAACCGCAGCUUCUUCUCAAGAGCAGCGUCCGAGAGUUGCAAGCGAGAGUCUGAGUGAUCUUUUGAAAGGAUUGCACAACUUGAACACUAUCGGGAGGCUGGGCGCAUUGAAAGGCGGCGCGAAGGACGUCAAGGAUCAUGCCUGGUUCAGCGACGUGGAUUUCAUCAAACUUUACUACAAAAAAAUUCCGAUGUUGGAAAAAUUGCCGCCUGAUCUCCAUAGGAUUGAGUGGGCACCGCCAGCGGCUCAAGCCCAGAACGUGCGCUGGUGA